AUGGGCCAAGCCACCUUCUGUUGUGAGCUGACUUUCGGCAAGACCGAUGCGACACCGCUUCGGGCAGCCGGUUUGAGCUGGUCAGACCUCGAUGCAGUGGAGCCGGCUGAACUGGCAGAGCUGCUGCGCGAGAUGGACCUGGGCCUGACAGAACGGGAGCAGCUCCUCCAAGGCCUGCGUGCACGCUUUAAGAGCUUACCAAAAAGCUCCGCCGUUCUCUCGCCGUCUGAGAGCAAGCUACACAAACCCAUCCGCCAGCCAAGUGCAAGCACACAGGGGGCGGUGAAGAGUACAUGUAUGGACACCAACGGUUCCCGAGGGCAGCCGGAAAGCACUGCGGCUGUGGAUGAAGGUGCAGAUCAUAAACAAUGGCAGACUAUGCCAGCCAAGCUUGUUCAAUUUGGAGAAGACGCGAUCACAGAGGAGGUGUCGACCGGAGCCAGCUCUGCCAGAGAGUGCCGGGAAGUCUCCGGCGCCGCCUCCACACCUGCAGCGAAGUUCUCUACUGAGCCGCUUGCUGGGAAUCCGAACCAGAAGACGUUGAAGCAGACUCAUCAAGGUAUGAAGUUCAGACCGUGGAAGCCACCGAGCAUCGUGCUGCCCGAUGACCUAUGUGGCGGCAUGCUGAGCUUGGGUGGAGGCAGAUGCCCCAACAUUCGGAAUCCGCUUGGGGUUGCGCAGCAGCAGCCUCUUGAGGAGAAAAAGGAGAAAAAGUCGAAGAAAGAGAAACCCGAAGACAAGGAAGAUGAGGGCCGCAUGAAGGUCAAAUGGAGGCAGUGGCUCUUUUGCAAAGGAGGCCAGUCCAAGACCUCCUUUAGCGCAGAGUUUGACGUACCGCGAUCCCGGAAGGACAGGGUUCCAAAGCUCUUGAUGGGCCGUUACUUCCUCAGCACAUCCACAGCAUUCCACGUAUCCUUUCCUCACCUCGCAGACUCGCAGAGGCCGGCUGUGAACUCGAUGGCGGAUCGAGCUCAGGCCUUGGGAGCUGCCACGCUGUCUGAGUUUCGCGAGAAUUUGUGUGACAGGCAGUCACGGCAGUCGAUGCCGGUUGGCCAAGAGCAGCUGGAACAAGAGAAAGCCAGGCUCGAAGAGCUUCAUCAGAAGAACAUUGCCGCCUUGCAGGCAGAGCAUAAAGCAAAGUUGGCAAAGCAUCGACGAGAGCUGCAAGCAGAGUUCGAGCUGGAACGAGAUCGAACCUUCAGCGAACUGCAGGAGAAGCACGAGAAGCAGGUGCGAGAAGAAAGGGUACCUUGGUUGCAUGAGCUGGCCUCCAAAAAAGGGAAGAUGAAGCAAGAGAUCGAAGCACUGGCAAAGUCUGAGGAAGAGUUGCAGAAGAAGCUGAGCGAAUCACAGGCCGAAGCGACGCGCUUGCGAUCUGAGGCGGCGAGUCUCGGAAGGAAGUGUUCUGCCUACGACGAGCGCGUGCGGAGGCUUGAGGAGGACAUGAAGGAAUGUCGCAAAGAGGCUUCACAUGUGCGCACAAGCGCCAGUACUGAUGCCAAAGAAGUUGCGAGCCUGAAGGCACAACUCGACAGCAAGAAUGUGGAAAUCGAGCAGAUCAAGGCUGGUGCCACAUCAGCUUCCGAGCGACUGGCGAAGUGGGAAGAAGAGAUGCAGCGUCUUCAAGACUUGGCUCAAGACAAUGACGAGGCGAAGGCACGGAUCGAGCAGCUGAUGCAAGAUCUGGAGGUCAAGGAUACGCAGCGCGCUGCGUUGGAGCAACAGAUCAAGGACUUGAGUCAAAGCCAAGACACGGAGGAACUCUCGAAGCAGAAGGCAAAGGUCGCUUCUCUGGAGGCUUCUCUGAUGAGCGAAGUAGAGGCCAAGAGCAAGUUGCAAGCCAAGUUUUCCGAAGUUCAAUCCGACCUGGCGAAGGCAUCAGGAAACCGCGCACAACUUGACGAGCUCCGCCGAGAACUGGAUGCGAGGACUGCAGAGCUUGCAGAAGCACGCAAGGCUCCUGUGACCGACUCGGAGUUGAAGCAGGCGAAAGAUGCUCUCGAGGAGGAGAAGAGGAUAUCGUCGCAAGCUUCGGCGGAUGUUCUGCGCUUCAAGGAAGACCUCGCCAGCCUGAAGGCGGAAUUGGCAGAAGAGCGUGGCCUGAAUGGCACCAGCAAAGCCGAGGCAGCGUCGGCAAGCGGUGAAGCUGCUCGGCUUCAGGCCGAGCUGGCUGCACAGUCAAAGGAGCUCCAACGGCUGCAGGCCAGCAGCGCAGAACUGAGGAGCUGCUGGAUCAGCAAGGUCUCCAGGGCCAAGAGGUACCGGCGUGUGGCGACUCGGAGUCUUCUCCCGCUCUCAAGGUGCGCCUCCACUUUGACGCCACCCUUGCGAGAAGGUGCCUUCUACCACAAAGCAUGGGCGGCUGCGGGCCUCCUGGGAGCUUCAGCUUUUUUCGUAGCGAACCAGGAUCGUCAGCCGCAGACCAGCCACUGCUUCUUUGGCGGCGCUGCCAAAGGCAAUUUUAAGGUCUGCGUUUGUGGCGGCAGUGGCGGCAUCGGUCAGCCGCUUUCGCUGCUGAUGGCGCUGGAUGACAACGUAGGUGAGUUGUCCGUGUACGAUCUUGACUUCGCUAUGGUCCCUCCGGGUGGUGUAGCUGCAGACUUGAACCACUUGGAGAAGAAGGUCAAGGUGAAAGGCUACGUCAAGAGCAAGGAGGAGAAGGCUAUCGAUGUUCUCGGAGAUUGCCUCAAAGACUGCAACCUGGUUUUGGUGCCUGCAGGGCUGCCCAGGAAGCCUGGUCAAACCCGCGAUGACCUGUUCAAGAUUAACGCGGGCAUCGCCAAGGAGGUGGUGGAAGCCUGCGCCAAGUACUGUCCUAAUGCGGUGAUCGCGCUGAUCGUCAACCCCGUGAACUCAGUGGUCCCAGCUAUGGCGGAACUCUACAAGAAGAAAGGUUUGGAUCCGAAGAAGAUUGUUGGCGUCACCACGCUAGACGGUGUGCGAGCGAACAAGUUUGUCGCAGAGAUUACCGGUGAGAACCCCAACAACAUCGAGGUACCGGUUAUCGGAGGGCAUGCAGGCGUCACCAUCAUGCCGGUGUUCUCGCAGGACAAGCACGCAGCGAAAAUCGCACAGUCCGAGAUUCCGGCACUCGACAAGCAUGUCCAGGAUGCCGGAACGGAUGUCGUGAAUGCCAAGAAUGGCAAGGGGAGUGCCACGCUCUCGAUGGCCUAUGCCGGAGCCAGGCUUGGGAAAGCGGUGUUGGCUGGGCUCGCGGGCACUCCGACCACAGAAUGUGCUUACGUCAUGUCUGACGUGGAGCCGGACUGUCCGUAUUUCACUAGCAAGGUCACGUUCGGCAAGUCGGGAGUGGAGAAGGUGCAUCCUAUUGGCAAGCUGAACAAGUAUGAGGAGCAACGGCUUGCGGAAGCCAAGGCUGCCUUGAAGAAGGAGCAAGCCCGGUUGAUGCGACGAGCAAACGACGAGAAGGAGCUACGUACCCAAGCCCAGGCAGAACUUGCCAGUGCACAACAAGAACUCGCGAUCUCGAAGGGAACUCUCUCUGCGCGGGAAGGCGAGUGCAAGCGCCUUCAGGACAAGAUCGGAGAUGCUGUCGGUCAGCACGAGGAACUCAGGAGACUGCAGACAAGCCUUGAGCAGGCAACCUCACGUGCGACGAAUCUCAGGAGCGAAUUGGAUGCAAGGACCGCAGAUUGUGUCCAGCUUCGUACGGAGGUGCAGCAGCAAGAGCGCCAAGCCGCCCUCAGAUCUAUGGAGGAGGUGGUUCUGCAAGACGAAACAUGCUUGCAGUUGCCACGCGAGCUGGCGCAUGCCUCGAGAAUGCUUUCUUCCGUCGACGGCUUGUUCACAGAAUCCCACGACGGUCGUGACGAAGAUGACGCUGAUCCUCUGUACCUUCCCAGUUCUGCUGGUCUGACGGCCGCAGGAAUUGGGCGCUUGUGCCAUUUUGUUCUCCUCAAGGAGCUGCCAGAACAGUGGCCUUCUCAGGAAGCUUCUGAGUUUGUGCGGGCGGCCUGCUUUCUGGAUGUUCCACCCGCCAUUGAAGCAGCCACGCUCGCUCUUGCUAGAGAAUUGCUGGAAUGCAACCGCCCCUCUGAUGUUUAUAAGCUUGCCCGCGUGCCGGAGUCCAGUGGUCCAGCUUUCACCGACGAGGAGCGACAAGAUGUGCAGGCAUUGGCGGUUCUCGGUCCGACACUUGGACUCAUCGGCGAGGUUUUUGUGCAGCUCACCUGGGCAAGUCGUGGCUUGCUGCAGAAUCUCUCUACUGACUUCUUGCGUGGUGUAGUGCUUGCCGCCGAAGGGCACGCGAUUCAGUCUCCGGAGAUGCAAGAUUUGGAACGGAGCCGCAGACCUGGGCGAGGUUCGACCAAGAGGAAGCGCACGGCUUUGCGUGCGGUGGCCAAAGAACGUUAUCGUGGAAGCUUGACGAUCGCCCUCGAAGUCCUUGCAUACUUGGGGGAUGACGAGCCUGAUGUGCGAACGGUCUCCCUCCAGGUCUUGUCACAAGUUGUCCCAAGAGAGCACGAGAUGCUUGCUUUUGAUGUUGAUCCUUUCGUGGAAGCAGCGAUAGGUGCUUUGGCAGACUCGUCAUCACUUGUGCGGCAAAGUGCAGCAGAGACGUUGGCGUAUUGGUCACCUUUGGCACGCGGAUUUGUCCAGCGGCUUGAAGGCAUGGUUCUGAAGCACAGCGGCCGAGUGAAGGCCACUGCUCUACGAGCCUUGGCGACUGCUCAAGUCGUGGCGACGGCAAAGACGGUCCAGUUGGCGCUAUCCUGCUUGGAAGAUACUGACACCCAUGUGCAACUGGCUGCUGCCGAUGCUUUGGGUUCCUUCAUCCUUUCAAACAAGGAAGAGUCCUGGAGCAUUUUUGGCAGAAUACGGCAAAAGCUGCGAGCAAGACGCGCUUCCGUGAAGUGCGCAGCUGCCGGGGCCCUGCGUCGUGCCAUGCCUGUUCUGGGAGCCGAGUAUCCCGAGUAUUCAGAAACCAUUGCCGACUUGAUCGGAGCGUUGCUGUCCGACCCGUCUUCAGAGGUACGUUGUGCCUCUGUUGGCACCCUAAUGGCUGUGGAUGGUGACAUGGCCAUUAACGAAGCUUUCAUUCAGGCGCUUCAAGACCCACACGACACUGUGUGCAAGGCUGCGUGUGAUGGACUGGUUGCAUCAGCAGAUCCAACCCAGUGGCUAAGCCUUGCAGUGAUGCUGGCUCCACUUCUCUGCAGCCCGGUGGCACGAAAUCGGUGUGUUGCACUGGAAGCCCUGCACGAACUUCUGAACAAAUACGCGCUUCAGCUGGGUGAUGGAGGUUAUGUCACCCGGGAAAGCGACUGCGAUGCUUAUGACAGCCCGGUGAUGGCAUCGUUGGUACCUCGACUCCUCGAUACUGAUGGCUAUGUGCGCAUUGCAGCUGUAAAGACCUUCGGCUGCCUUGCCAGACUUUACGGUCCGCGCAAGGACUAUGCUGACCAGCUUGCAUGCGUCGCGGCCACGGAUGACGACGACGACGUGAAAUCCAUGGCUUUACAGGCCCUGUCCGUUGCUGCACCCCGGGGAGAUCCCGAUGCGGCAGCCACGGCGGCGGACGCUUCACGAAGCCCCUCGCCGCAGCUGCGCCGGAGCGCCUUGCUUGUGCUUAGGCAUAUGAUGUCUUUCAACAAAGAUGUGCUUGCUGCAGUCUGUGAACGGAUUUCGGACGUCGACGACGGUGUGCGUCGUUUGGCCAUGGACUGUCUGCCGGACAUCUUACAGGGUGAGGACUCAGCUGGGGUCAUGGCCGCACGCACGCUUGGGCUGGUUGCCCGAAGUCAGUCGUCAUCAGACCAGACCGUGGUAUGUGCGCUGGAAGCACUUGCACGCAUUGCACAGGCAGGAGGGCCAAAUACCCGCGCAAGUGUCAUGUCUCCAGUACUCGCAUGUUUAAAAGACGACAACUGGAUUGUGAGAGAGGCUGCAGAAAAUGCAGCGUGCGCAAUGAACAUGACAGCCUCCCUCAAGGCCGAGUUGGGCACAUGGCGUGCAGAAUGCGACCGCUGGCAGAGCGAGGCAACUCAGUCCGACGUGCCGAAGAUGAAGGCCUUGCUCGAGGAGGAGAAAGCCAGCCUGAGCAGCAUGAAGGCCGAGGCUGCGGAGACAAUGGCGCAAUGCAAGGCUCAGGCUGCAGCAGCUGCGGCAGAGCUGGAAGCGCGAUCGAAGGAGUGCGGGCGGCUGCGAGCAGAGCUCCGGGCAUGCAGGCCGAGUGGUGCCCUCCCGCAGGACGAGGUUCGUGAGCUCGUCUCGCUCCGCGCAAGGGUCCUGGACCUGGAAGCCGAGGUGGAAGCGAUGCACCAGGCGGCUUGCAAGCUCAGCGGGCCCCAGUGGCUGUCGGCCUCUGACUCUGAGGCUCAAAAGCCGGCUGCCGACCUCGAAGAGUCCAAGACGCUGCGCUCCAUGGUGAAGGACCGCGACGAUACCGCAACACUAGUGCGAGCAUUCGCUCUCAUCUUAGCUUGUCGAAUGUUCGAUUUCGGCGAUUUGAGCGAUGCCGAGAGCGUGGAUGAUUGUGAAACAGGAGCGUGCCCGGAAGAAGUCCAGCAGCAAAGACAGCCAGAUCCCAACGGCACAUUUGCGCAAGGAGAUGUCGUGAAAGCUCGUUUCCAGCAGGGAUGCUGGUACUUGGCAGCUGUGAUUGGGCAAAAUCAUGAUGGCUCUUACACCAUUGCUUGGAAAGAUGGGGAUGACAGUGACAGGGUAAAGAACAGUGGCGAGAUGGUGUACAUCAGGCCAGGAGACACCAAGUCCGCGCGAUGGAUCCAACACUACCCGCAGCACAGGCCCAACUCGAGGCAGGCAGCGCAGGCACCGCAGGCAAGGGCCAAUCCCAGGUCCCACACGACGGAGGACGCGGGCUACACUUCCAGAAGGCACGAAUCGGACCAAGCAGAGACCGAGGAGCCUGGAGAUGCAGAAAAGAGAAAAUGGAGGGACUGGGAAGCACAGCAGCAACGCUUCAGGGACGAACUGCUAAAGCGAGAAGAUCAAGAAGAUGAUCGAUGGCUCGCAAACAGAAUGGCAAAGUUGCAACAGGAGCUGCGGGAGAUAGACCAGUUAGCCCCUUCCGCUCGCAAGGGACGGCUACGUAAGCUACAGCUUGAACUGCAUCCAGAUAAGCAGCCCGAGCGACUACGUGCGAAGUGCCAGAAGCUCUUCUUGAUAGUGCAAGGCAGGUGGGAGGCACACGAGGCAACUCUCCAACGUGAGACCAAUCAGAGGAACCAGGACGAAGAGUGUGCUCGCGCGGUGCGAGAGGAGCGGCAGAGGCGCCAGCGCAGCCAGGAGGAGCGGCAGCGCAAGCAUCGUGAAGAGCAAGAGAAGGCGGAACGUGAACGGGCCGAACGGGAGGCAAGGAAGAGGCAAGAAAAAGAAGAAGAGGACAAAAGGAGGAGAAAUGCUGAAAGCCGUGCGCGGCAGGCAGAAGACGAGCUGAGGCGAUUUAAAGAGAAUGCGGCCAAGCAGCGGAGCAAGCAGCGCACCAGCGACACAAGUGAUUGCCCUGAGCAGCCAGCGGGUCCGACGGACAGGGCCAAGGCACAAGCAAAACAAGACUCGGAACGAGACGAUCACUACACCAAGGCAGGUUUGUACCGCCAGAGGUGCGAGGAGGCAACCCAUGAUGAUGCGCCUUUCAUUUCUCCGUCAGAGCAGAGCCAGCAGAGCCAUGCCAAAACUGCUUCUCCUGGCAGGUCGCGCAAGCAAGGGACGCCUAAACCUUCGGAGUUGCAUAUCCGGGUUCGUCUGAAUGGUAGUGUGCAGCAGGAGAAAUUCUGCGUUCCAGCUUCAGCGACCGUUGGCGACAUCAAGAAAAGGUUGGAUGAAAGAGGAGUCGUCACAUCUGCUCAGAAGAUUUUCUGCGGUGACAGGGAGCUCUUCGAUUUCGAAACGCUUAGCACUUUGCUUUCGACGGGCAACUCCUUAGAUUUGGACGUGGUGCAAAGGUUCCCAAAAGGUCUUGGUUUUGCAGAGCAGGUCCGCAAGAAUUGGCGGAUGCUGCAGCAUGCACCAUCGGAGCUCCGAUCCGACAGACAGCUCGUCUCGGAGGCCGUUGGCCAGAGCUGGGAGGCUCUAAAAUUCGCUUCGGACAGCCUCAGGGGCGACAAAAAUCUCGUUCUGUCUGCAGUGGAGCAGGAUGGCUUGGCGGUGGAGUAUGCAGCUCCCUGCAUGCAGAAAGACCGCGACGUCAUGUUGGCUGCUGUAAAGAAGACUUGGAAGGCUCUUCGAUAUGCGCAGCCCAGCUGUAUUGACUAUGACAUCGCAGUAGCUGCCGUUCAGCAGAACUGGCGGGCCCUGCAACACCUGGGAGCCCAGCUUCGGGACAAGAGGGAGCUGAUGGAGAUGGCCGUGCAGCAAUCGGGCCUCGCCUUGAAGUACGCCUCGUCUCGCCUGCAGCGGGAUAACGAACUCGUCCUCCAAGCAGUUCGCCAAAACGGCGCUGCUUUCGAGUUUGCGGCCCCAGAACUGCGCUGCGACCGACAGUUUGUCCUCGCCGCAGUGUGGCGCAAUGGAGAUGCUUUCCGCUUUGCCGAUCCCGAUUUGAGGGCCGAUAAGGAGAUUGCCUUGGCGGUGGUGGACAAGGGCAGGGAGAUGGUUUGCAGCCAGCUCGUGGACGAGAAUGACAUGGCGCAUGCUUCUGCCCGACACUGCAAAGAAGUGGAGGCCGAGAGCUCUUGGUGGCUCUUGGCCCGAACACCCGCGAUCUGUCGCGUGAAGGAGCUCCAGGCCAAAGUGAAUGAAGCUCGCUUGGAAGAGAGGCAACUUCGGCACGACGACACUGGCUUCGUCGUUUCCGAUCUGAAGGCGCAGCUUCGCGCAAGGGCAUCCGAAGUGGAGCAGCUGCACUCCGAGGUCAGAGCCAGCAUGAGCGAGCUCGAGCGCACUCGAGCAGAGGCUCGUCAUGCCGAGGCCAGAGCAGCUGCGCGAGAGAUCUCCAGUGUGGAAGCAGCCAAGGUGAUGGUCACCGACGACUGGAAGCGCGAAGUGGACCGCUUGCAGGUGGAGCUACAAAAGAGCGCCGCCGAUAUCGCUGCGGCCAAAGAAAAGGCUGAAAGGGCCAACCGAGAGGUUCGCCGCCUGCAGCAAGAGGAGAGCAGAGUAGCGAAGAGCCAGGAGGCGUUGCGAGGAGAACUGGAGCAGGCACAAGACAACAACAGAGUCAUACGGGAGGAGAUGGCUGACGCCGAACAUCGUUGCGAGGAUGCGCGCUCCAUGGUGCGAGCAGAACGCACCAGCCGCACCCACGCCGAAACGCAGGUGCGAGAAUACCAACGAGAAGCAAGAGCACUCAAGGCUCAGCUGCAGGAGAGGGCUGCCGAAGCCGAGAAGUUCCGAAGUGAGGCAAGGAACAAAAGUUACCAGCUUGAAGAUAAGGAGCUGGAAGUUUCCCACUUGCAGGACCAAAUCCAGUUCCUGGAAGACCAAUUGCGAGCACGCCGCCGGGAUCUGGCAGAGAAGGAGGACUGGGAGACUCAGACGAUUCAGAAAGACGGACCCCUGGACAUCACAGGCUUAAAAACCGCGGUUGAGCUGUCACAGCUAUCCCAAGCUCAGGGGAUGGGCGAUCUUGAAGUGGAAGAACAAGAUGCAACGCUGUCACCUUGUGAUGCAGGGGUUCCCACCGACGGAAGCGCGCCGCCAAACUCUCCCAUGCAGGAGAGAGAAGACAUGUCGCCACCGGCUGCAUGGCAAGAUAGAGCAGAAGAAGAGGGAUCAACGAUGCACAGAUUCAGUCCCCGUGCAGGGGCUGAAGCUGCGGCAGGAUGCGUCCCGGAUCAGGCUGCGGCUUACUUGCAAGCCAAGCGCAGAGAGCUCCAAACGGAACACGUGACAGUUGAGAGGUUGAGGCAUCAGUGGAAGCAAGACGCGGACCGGCUUCGCUCUGUCAGUGGCAUGGCACGGGAGCAGGUCCUGCUCCAGGAAGCUUGCGCUGCCCUAGACGACCGGGCUGCUGCGCUCCAAAGGGCCAUGGCAGAGCACAAUGCUUUGGAGCAAGCUCUGCAUGCAGGUACUCCGGAAGGAGAUUACAUGGCCUUUCCAAGAACAUCACCCCCUGUGUUGGGUAUCACUGGCAAUCCUACGAAUGUCCUGAAGGCGCGCAGCGACUCCGGUGAUACGCCCAGGUCUUCGACAGGAGGACACCGGCAAGACCGGGACAGAUACCCCACGACGGCUGCCGAGGACUUGAGCAUGCUGCGGCGCUGGCAGCAUCUGCUGGGUCAAGAUGUUCUUGGUACGGGCUACAGAAGGCUUCCCUUGACGGCCCGAUCCACCUCGCGAGGGGCAGUCAGCGCGAGAUCCACCUCGCCGCUCCGCAAGUUUGACAGCCGGCGGAGCCGAGUCUCCAGGGAGGUCGUGGACCGCAAUCUGAAUCAGCUGUGCAACUUCUUAGAUGUUGCAAGAGCUCGUCCUUUGUCAGCCAGGGCUGGCCGAGCACGCUACUGCUAA